UGCUGCGUCUGAACCCACUUCUGCCUGAGGAGAAGGACAUCAUCCUCCGAGGGGAAGGAGGAAAGUAGGGGGAAAGCCGCCGAGCUCUCCCGGAGGGAUCGCCUGGCACCGGAGCAAAGUUUCCCGAGCUCGUCGAAGAGAGGGGAAGAAGCAUGUGAGAUCCUUCUCAUCCCAGAGCACAGCUGGGUUACAGCCCCGGCCCUGCGGGGAAUAGCCACGGUUCUGUCAUCCCCGGGUGAAGGGGGGACCCGGGACACCCGCUCUCUCCAUCCCCAGCUCCACGCUCCUGCCCAGGGAUUUCAAGACAGCAGGAGACCCUUCUCAACACAGCGUGCAUCCCAUGAAAACUGAAGUGACCUCUGAGACUCAUCUCAACAUGUUCAGUGAAAAGAGCAGUGCCUCUUUGUCCCAGAAACCCAUUCAGAAAAAGACACGACCUCAGGGCCUCCCCUCCCCUGCCCUCUGCUGCGCUUGUGGACUCUGCAUCAUGCUAGCAGGGAUCAACAUCACUUUAGUGGGAGCAUUUGCCUUUGGGACCUUCCUCCCCAUGAACAACCCUCCCAUCAUCAUCGGACCCAUCUUGCUGGUGGUGGCCUUCACGUUCUUUGGUGCCUGCUGCAUCUGCAGCCGGAGGCCCCCAGCUCACGGGGCCAGGAAAUCCAAACCAGGUUCCAACAUUGGGCUCAUCAAACCUGGCAACACAGCCUUUGAAAUUGAAACUAGUGAGCACACGGUGCAGGAUACCACCGCCGUUCAGCUCAGCCCCACAAAUUCCCCUAUCUCCUCGAAAAAGUCCACCCCGGUUCACGAGAACGCGAAGACUUGCAAGCUCUUCACCAUGGAAGGCAACGGGCCGGUGGCCAAGUACAGCACGGGAGGAGAAGCGAUACAGCUCAACUUGCCCCGGGACCUGGCCGCAUCCUAAAGCCGGGCAGAGCUUUUGUUAGCAGCCAGCCAGAUGCUGCUGCAAUGGGUGGGCUGGAAAUCCGUGGGUGUGGGGAAGGUGCUUAUGAAAAGCCAGCAGACAGACAGGUCUUUCUGAAUCCAUUUAAGGAAGGUGGAUGCAAUAGCAGAAAAAAUUCCCCGGAUUUUUGCUGCAAGGAACACGCCCAUUACGUGGCUUUAAAAAGAAAAUUGUUAAUGAUGUUGCUGUGAAAGGAUGACUCUCAGUUCCUGGGAAUACACCUGCUUUUUGGGGGAGCAGAUAGGAAGCGGGGAAUGAAUUAAUUUAUAAUUCCAGUAUAACGUGGAAAUGUGAUGGCUGGAAGGAGGGGCUACAUAGCGCUGACAAAUGAUAGCUCUUUCUUCUCAGAAGUGAAGCAAUUCUUGAACGUAAAAGAAGCAGGAAUGCGGUAAAUUACAGCUCGCUGCCACUCAGUCACAAGAAGAUUUCAGCAUUUUUAGUGCCAGGCUUUUUGUCAGCAGGGACAAAGCUAUGUGUUUGCUAAUGAAAAAGCAGUGUGAAACAACCUCCCCUCCCUUGAAAAUCCUUGGCCCAUCUUGCCUUCACUUGGGUGGCUUUCCCACCCGUUCUAAGAGACAACACAUCACAAGGAUUGCAAUUAGCACUGGUAUUUUCCUCUUCUUUUAAUCAGAUUGGGCUGCAGCUGUGCUGCUCAGAGCAGUAGGUACCUUAGAAGGUCAGCCAGGCUGAAACCUUGGCGACGAGCUCUUGGAAUAACCAGAGAUUGGCAGGAGCCUGCAAGCAGAAUCCUUGGGCAAUGAUUGAUUAUUUAUGGAGUACUAGGCAGCUUCCUUUCUAUCUUUUUGUAGAAGGCUGGCCUGGGACACACAUCAGGUUGGGACAAAAGGCAAAUAACUUUAUGGGCUUCAGUUUAGCUGUGCUGGAAGAUGGUGACUGUAUCUGCUUCCCCUAAGUGGCUGAGAGACCCAUUACACAUGGUGGGCAACCAGGAGAGAGUGGAUUCCCUUGCUGCAGGAAACUGGCCACUCAAGGAGCUCAUGGGCUUGCAAAGCAAUGGGAAGAUAAUUUAUCAAGAGCUGUUCAACACAAAGACACCACCUCUGCCUCGGAAAGACCCUCACCUAAUGGAUCAUUGCUGCAAAGGCUUUUUGGUUCCUGGGUGACCCUGCCUGGGAAGAUGGUGUUGUGCUUACAGGCCUUUGCUCUGGCUCCUGUAGAGGCUGUUCACAUGUUUUAUGAGAUAUGGGACCUGUGUGGGGAAGGACAGUUGUGCUGGGCAGGAGCAGUAUGUGAGGAGGCAGCAGCAGGAGUGUGAGUGUAGAUUUUGAGUAGGUUCUCUGUUUAUGUAAAUCCUGUAGUUCAAAUGGGGCUUUUGGGACUUUGAGUGACUAGGAAGUCAUAUGGACACAAGAGUGACCAUAGGAGACCAUUCCAAUUAGCCCAGAGUAUCCCGUUUCAGAUGAGGCCAAGACCAAGGUUUGGAGAAGAGCAUAAAGACAGGGCAAAACCAGGCUGUUGCUUGUCCAAAAUGGUCUCCCAGCUUCUGAUGUGCUAUUUCUUAGGAGUUUCCUGAGCUGGAAGUGGUGCCAGCGUUUAGUAACCCUGAAUGGAUUUCUUCUUCAGGAAAUAAUCCAUUUGCGCCUUGAGUGUCUGUCAGCUUUCAUCAUUUGUGAUCCUGCAGCAGGGAGCUGUAGAGUUUAAUGAGAGGCUAUAAAGUUCUCUAUCCUUGGCUUAGUUUCCUCCUGCACCCUAUUAAUGCCCUUUCAUGGCCCGCAUUUCCCAGAUUAGAAGGGCCAGCAAACAGCCCAUAAGCCCCCCACCACUCAGGUUUUUUUUGGUGGGGGAUUCUAAUGCUUCAUAAAAUAGUUCAUAGUUCAAAUUUCCUUUAGUCAUCUCCUUCCUAUGGUACUUCACAUCUCCUGUAGCCAGAUGGAGGUAACGCUUACCAUUCAGCCCAGCAUCAGUGGUUUGCUAGGCUGAUGACAACACAGCCCUGAGGUGUUAGCCAGCAGAAAUGGGUGUACGGAGAGCCAGGAGGGCUGAAAGGGAAAUGCUGGAGGAGAGGUAGAUGUUGUGACAUGGCCAAGGCUCCCCCAGGCCACCAGCAGACCUCUGCAUGGCCAGGUUGUGAGAGAUGUGGCUAGUGUGCUGCAUUAUGUGAUGGCAUGUGGGGUCAUGGGGGAGCUGGAGAGAAGAGCCACGGUGCUGUACAGUCCAUGCAUGAGGUGUCCUGGUUGCUCUGAGGAGCCACUGUGCAGCUGAUGGCCCCUUCAUGAGCUCGGCUAGGAAGAGGUUGAUUUCAUUCCUUCAUGAGAGGUAACCAAACACUCUGUCUUAAUGUGGGUCCUCUUGAGUGCCCCAGCAUUUUUGCUGCCUUGAGCAGCUUCUUCUACAUCAAGGAAUUAUGUCUGUGAUUUUAGCAGGGCUGGUCUCCUGGCUAGGAGGGGCAGAAGCAGGCUCAGGAGAAGGAUACUUGUGUGGGUUCAAGUCUUUUGUACAGCCUCUAGGUCCUGGGAAAAAUCAUUUAAUUGUGCUACUGCUCAGCUCGCUGCUUGUGCAGGAGAGAAAAUACCUGCUCCUAACUCCACUUAAAGCUGCUUUAAGGAUGAACACAUUGCCAAGCACCACAGUUGGUAUUAGCACACCUGAGUCUGGAGAUUGCUUGAAGGUGGAUGAGUGUGUAUGGUCUGAUCUCUGCAUGAUCCCCUCUAGAGCUCAUUUCCAUGGAUGAGCUCUGCUUCCAGCACCGGCUGCCCUUCAGCACACAGGAACUGCUGUACUGAACAAAAGGCUCCCAUGAUUUUUGGCUGCCGGUGAUUGCUGCAGCAAUUAAACCAAAUAGCUCGCUGAUGUAGGCUUGAUUCCCAGGUUGCUGGCUCACCAGCCUUUUGGAACAGCACACAACAGGCUGAAAGUCCUUUAGAGGUAUUGCCCAUGUGAACAUGGUUACUAUAGCACAUUUCCUUGAGCAUUUGGAGUGAAAAAAGUAGAAAAAUCAAGUGGUAACCAUACAGCUCCUUCAUCUCCUUGCUGAAGGCUUGAAAAGCAAGUUUGGUGUGUGCAUACUGGAAUCACUCCUUACUGCAGCUGCACCCUGAAAUGCUACCAGUGAUGGAUAAUGCAAUGGCAGAUCCCAUAGGAGUCAAAGGCAAAGGUCCCUUGGGCAGGAACAGGGGGCUUUGAGGGCCAGCUAGGAGUUCGGUGUGGUUCACACUUGCCUUGUGACAUAGCCAGCACCAUACGUGGAAUCCCAGCACGGUCCUGGGUCCUGGCACAGCCAGGGUCACUCUGGGAGGUGACACUCCUGGGACCCAAGAGACGAUGACCAGUAGAGGUGGCACGUCGGCAAGCGGAGGUGUAGGACCAGUGAGAUCCCUUGGUGUGGUGGGUCUGUACGCCAAGCUGUGACCCCAACUGCCUGCCUCCACAGCAAGGUGGGCAUGGGAACAUCUGCUGCCUUCCAAAGCAUGAAUGCCCUGCUUUUGCCUUUUUCUGUCUUUCAGGAUUUCCAUGUCUGUCUGUCUGUCUGCCUCCGUGAUCAGCCGUGACUAAUGUUGUUGUGAAUCUUGUGCCUCCUUGUGUAGCAGGAGACAGGGAGAGUUUCUUGUGCUCCAAGUCAGAGUUUCCACUGUGAGUCUUUUUUUUUUUUUUUUUUAGUUACUAUUUA